AUGGAUCCUUUUGAAGUGCGCAUGCAAUUUAUUUCCCUCUUGCGAAAUCUGAGCGCGUCGAGAGAUUCCAUCCAGAAGGUUGUCAGCUAUUCGCUCAAGUACUUCUCGAGGUGUGGCGAGGACCUAUGGGACUGCAUCGUGGAACAGUGCCAGAAGGGCACGAUCAACCACCGAAUAAACAUUCUCUACUUCCUCGAUUCGCUAUGCGAAACAUCACUUCUCGCCAAAGCACAUCGCCCACCCCCGCCAGAUCCCUCUUCGUCACUGAACAAGCAACUCUUAGCCUCAAGCUCAAGCUCGGGCGCAGGUGCUGACUUGGGCUCAUUUUAUGUCGAUUUCGUGUCGCGGGACCUGGAGAAAAUUGUGCAGUGUGUCGUGCCAGAGGGUAGGCAGGGGCUGCCCAACUUGUCGAGCACAAAGCAGAUCCUCGGCAACUGGCGCUCAAAGCGGGUCAUCGACCCGCACAAAAUCGACCGCGCCCUCUCCUCGCUUGACGCCCGCCUCGCCUCCGCCUCCACAUCCGUCUCGCUUCCCGCAUCCGACGCACCCACCGCGCACCCGCGGCCCCACUCCUCUCACCAACAGUCCCUCCUUCCGCGCAACGAGGUCUUCAAGCGCAUAGAAGAAGACCGCGAGCGGCACAAACGCCUGCGCGAGCGGCGCUGGGUGCAGUCCAUCCCCAACCCCUCCUCCGUGGCGCACCCUGUCGCCGCGGCACUGGGCGGAGCCAGCGGCCUCGCGGCGUUCUUGCCGCUGACGGAGGCCGAGGAACGCGAGCUGCCGCUGGACGUCGAGUUUGAGAACGAGUGGGAGACGACGAGCGAUUGGAAUGAGGAUGACGUCGAGGCUGUGAUGGAGGAACGCGAGUUGUGGAUACCUGGCGGUGGGAGUGGGACUACAAAUCCCAUGAAUGUGGUCUUCCGGGGGCAGGGAGGAGGGAUGGAUUUAGAAGGGGGAACUGGCGAAAACACGGUGAGGGAGAGGGUACCGGAGGAGCUGGGCGAGGAGCCGAUGGAUCUAGAGGAUACGGCAUGA